AUGGCUGAGAGGGACUUCGAAUUCAUGGCGUCAAGUGGACUGAACGCGGUGAGAAUCCCGGUUGGAUGGUGGAUUGCCAGCGGCGACAACCCUCCUCGGCCUUUUGUUGGAGGCUCUGUCCAAUUCUUGGACAAGGCAUUCAGCUGGGGACAGAAAUACAGCAUUAGCGUUAUUGUCACAUUCCAUGCUGCGCCGGGGUCACAAAACCCAUAUGAUCAUAGUGCAACUAGAGACGGGUCACAGGAGUGGGGCAAUACCGAUGAAAACAUCAACCAAACCGUGCAAGUCAUCGACUUCCUUGCAAAAAGGUACGCGAACAACACAGCCCUCUUGGCCAUUGAGCUGCUCAAUGAGCCGCUGGCACCAGGCGCAGACUUGUCUAGACUGAAGAAAUACUACGAGGACGGCCAUAAAACAGUGCGUCUGUACUCGUCGACAACAUACGUGAUCAUGUCUAACAGGUUAAAUAUAGAAAACCAGACGGAGCUCCUACAGUUCGCGGGUGGCUUUGAUGGCGCCGUCCUGGAGGUACACUACUACAACCUGUACGAGGACAAGUUCUCCAACCUCACUGUAGAGCAGAACAUCGACUUUGUGAGGAACAACCGCUCCUCUGAUCUCAAAGCCAUCACAAAUCAGAAUGGGCGUCCCCUCACUUUUGUAGGUAAGCAGUCUGCUGGCAGUCAUUUCAGCAAUCCUUUGGAUUACUAA